AUGGCAUUGCCUCUUCCACCGGGCUUGACGCCCCCGGAGAUUGCCUUUCUAUGUGAGAUGGAGCUUGUCACAGUCAUACCACGUCAGAGACUGGAGAGACUGGAGCUUCUGGGAGGCCCUCUCAAACCUCUCAAUCCACCGCAUAGAACAGACGUUCCGCUCUGGUUGGCCCUCUUAUUGAAGCGCCAACGUCGAGCCAACAUCCUACCACCACCAUGGCUAAACACACAUUCACUGACUGCCAUUCUCGAUCACGAAAUUGAACAUGGCGAGACCUUCUCUCCCCCUCCACGACUCCCACCACAGCCUUCGAAUAACACACUGCCCCUAUCACCACCCUUCCUGCCAAACUCUGUAGCAGACGCAGCGCCGGAUGCCCUUCCCUAUCACUGGCUUGAGCUGGGCGAGAUGCUGCUCGAAGCGGCGUCGGAUGACGUGGACGAGUCAGACAACGUGCGCAAGCUGCUACGAGGGUUGAGGGAAGUUAGAAUGGCAAAGCUUAGAAGCGGUGUCGAGGUACUAGAUGCUGGAGGUGGAGUCAAGAUGAAUGGCGUAGGAGGCAUGGAAGUAGGCGAAGGCAGAGCUUUUGUCACCGGCGUAAUUGAUGGCCUGAGGAAAAUAUCGGCUUCUCGCGAACAGCAACGCAAGGACCGCGACCAUGACGAUGAAGAGAAUGGCUACUCUGGCACCAUGGACGAUAACGACUAUGAAAUGGAUAUGCAAUGA